CUGUAUAAUUAUAACUUAGAACUGAGAUCAGUGAUCUACGUGUUACAUAAAACAAAGUGUAAGAAUUCCGAAGAAACGUUAAGAAACAAAGAUCGAUUGCCCCUAACCUAGAUCACUUUUGUUGUGCGUUAUUAAAGAUUGUAUGUUGUGUAUAUACGGCUAAUUUUUCAUUAUGGUUAAGAAAGACGUUUAUUUGCAAUUUGGAAGCCGAAGAAAUAAAUGUAUUACAUUUGAAAGCAACUCAGGAACUUCUGACUGGAUUAAUUUAAAAGAUGUCAUGCGACAACUUGCUGAGAAAGAUGAAGACUUAAAGAGAAGAAUGCAGAACUGCAAUAAUAUUAUUUUUCAAAAAUAUAAAGUUAAAAAGAGUACUUGAGAGAAAAUAUUAGUGGAUGUGGAUGAGGAUGAAGAGCCUGGAAUUGAAGAUGAGGCAGAUUUGGCUGUAGUGUUUUGUCACUUACAAGAUAUCAUAAAGAGUCAAGCAUCGGAGAAUGAAAUUCAAGUACAAAAUGUUUUUAGCAAGCCAUCUUCUAGUUCUUUAUUCAUAGAUUUAUCAAGUGAUGUGCUGGAACGUCAUGAAAUUUCAAACGAAAAAGAAAAUUAUGAUAUGAGUACGCAAGGUGAGGUUGUUGGAGAUUAUAUCUAUGAAAUAGAUGAGAAAAAUGAUAUAGUAACUGAACUCUUAAAGCCAGCAGAAAGUUCACUAAAAAGAAAACUAAAUAUAAAAAACAAACCAGAAAAGACUACCAAGAAACCAAAAGGAUUGCCUUUUCAUGUCCCUAAUAUGCUACCUCAUUCUUUGGGCGAAUAUACAAAAUGUCCAAAUGGAGUUCUAAAGCAUUCGUCGAAAUUUAUAAGACAUUAUGCUGGAAUGUUAAGGACUCACUUAAAUAAUUACAUCACAAAAGAACAUUAUAAAGAAAUGGCUAAGAUAAUCGCGGAUAGACAUCCUAUGUUGGCUGAUGAAGGGGAAGAUGUACCUUAUGGCAGCAUUAGAAAGAGCUUAAGUGAAUGCAUUAGAAAUAUGAGAGCUCGGGAAAAAGAAAACUAACACAAUUUGUUCAAGAAG